GAUCGCAAGAUCUUUUCGACAAGCAAAACGACUACAUACCGGCUAACCCGAACCACGAACAACAAACUUAGAGCUACAUCCGCAGAAUAACAGCAUGUCUGACCUAGGCGCCUCCAACACCUACACACCAUUCCAACCUCCUGGUGACGCAUCAUCGGAGAGUACAUAUUUCGCGGGAGCAAUCAGCGGUAUCCCCCGAUAUCUUUUUCGCGUUUACGAUUGGAGCUCCUCCGGAUUCACUUCUCGCAGUGAAGUGUGCUCUCCAGCAUUUGGGACUCUACCCAAAGAUCUCUUCCGUCAGCCCAGGGAGGACGCAGCAGCGAUGCUAAACGCACACUUGCGGUGGAAGUGCUGCGGUCGGGAGUCCCAUAAACUCCUUGGUGGGAGGGAGUGCAAUCUCAUGUCCUGGACCAGCUCACUGCUCUUUGCCCUCCAGUACGCCUUGUAUCGACACAAGACCCAGGACGCUAAGCCACAGCUCUCAGAAAUCAAGAUCCUGAUGGUCGACACGAGGGAUCUCUGCGAUCGCAAUGUUUUUACCCGCGACCUGCAGACAAUCAGGGCAUUCAAACAGUAUCCGCCUAGCGACCAGGACGGUCUCGGGGAAGUCGAUGACUGGCGCAGCAGCGGAUCAUAUUACUUUGGAGAGUAUCUCUCGCAGGGCAGACUCGUCCUCAAGCCAGAGCAGUGCUGCGAGGUCACCAUGAAAGACCUCGUGGACCGCGGCCUAUUUAAGAUCUGCGCUGGGCUCGGAGACUCUGAGCAUUGGCACCGGUUGGCCACGCGCGUGAAUGGCCUCAGGCGCCGAGCCCGUCCAAAGACAGCUCUUUCAGAGGACGCUUUGCAGGUAGUCAUAGACGUGGCAGAGGCUUUCGAAGGCUUCGAGGUUCCGGCGGCCCUUAGGCUUCUGGGUCUUAGCCCCUUUCACGCCAGAGAAGGGGGAGGCCGAAUGGCACACGACGCGAUUGAAGGACUACCAAAGACGGAUGGCAGCAGGGGCGUUGUGUGCGAUAGCUCUUCGUCCCUUGGCGGCCACCAUGACCACCUUCCCGAGCUGCAGCAUUGCCAAUAUUGGUACGAUGUCUUCGCAGGGCUCAGUGCACCCAAAGUCGAAGACGAGGAUGGUGAUCUGAUUGAUGAGCUUGCUCGCCUGGUUCUUUAGCAUUUGUGUUGCUGGUCUUCCUCUUCCUUUGCCGGUUCUUUUCCCUUUUGUCUUUUGUUCGCCUGUGCGCUGAGAGAUUUGUUUUUAAUAGUACGCUACGUCUACGCAGGGUCAGCCACUUGUUGGAGUUGAUGGACAGAGUUUGAUUUCCUUUAGUCGGAUACAUCUACCAUAGCAAGUUCAAUUAUGUUUGAAAUCGUCAGAAAU